AAUUAUUCCAACGUGAGCAGCUCCUCCCAUUUCUUCUCUAUCCCUCUAUCUCUUUCCAUCAAUCGUUUUCGGAUCCUUGCAUUGCGUUUGGAUUCACCCUGAUAGAUUCAGUUGUGUUUAUGUGAGAGGUUUUCAUCAUCAUUCAGUAUUCAGAUACCAUCCAUAAGCUCCAUCAGUUUCUAGUGUUUCAGCAAUGGUGCUAGGCCUCCGUACUAAGACAAAGAAGGAUGCUGCCAUCCAUGUAGAUUUCAACAUCUUCAUCCAGGAGAUAAGUCCAUGGCCCCCUUCUGAAUCUCUCAAGUCUUUGCGUUCUGUGGUUCUUUUUUGGGAAAAUGGUGAACGCAAUUCAGGGAAGACAAACACCGUUGCACCUUCAGUCCGCUCAGGUUCCACAUCAGGGAAGAUCGAAUUUAACGAGUUCAUAAGCAUACAGGUUGUUUUUCAGAAGGAGGACUCAUCUGGAAAGUGGCAAAAGAACUUGCUUGAGUUGAAUUUAUACGAACCAAGGAGGGAUAAGCUGAAGGGACAGCAUUUGGGGACUGCAACACUAGACUUGGCAGAGCAUGCAAUGUUUCUCGAGGACACUGCUGUUCCGGUGCCUCUCAACUCUAAGAGGAACUUUAAAAGCAAUGCACAUCCUAUGGUUUAUCUUCGAAUCCAGCCUUUGGAUGGGGACAGGUCAAGCCUUUCCUCUAGAGAUGCAUUACCAAAAGAGGCAUCAGUUGAUAAGGAUUCAAAGGCCUUUAUGUCGGCAACAAUGAGUGAGGACUACACUGAGGAUGCUGGGUUUGCUUCCUUCACUGAUGACGAUGAGGAAGAAACUCCAUAUCCGUACCACUCAGAUGGGAAUGUGCAUACAGGUAGUAAUAGAUUUCAGGACAAUGUCAAGGGGAAGGAUGCCAGGGUAUUUGGCAAUGAAAGCACCAGCUCAUCAUUAGAUUCCCAGCGUGAAAUGCCAUCUUCCAGUACAAAAGCGCGUAGUGAAGAAGUUGAAAAGCAUCCAAUUCAAAUGCAAAAGAAAACCAUCUAUCGAGGGACAGAUUUACCGGGAGAACAAUUUCCAUCUAUUCCGCCACACAAUGCUCUCAGAACUGGUCGUAAAAUGUCUUUUUCUUAUGGUAUGGCUGACUCCAACCAGAGGCAAUUUAGCGAGAAAACUUACAACACUUUAACUAGUGAUAGAGCUAAGAAUAUGAGGUUCAGUAUGAGACUUCCAGAUAUUAAUGGAAGCACCAUAAGUAAGAAAGUUGAUUCUCAGAAGGAACAAGUGAAGGAAGUUGAUUCCGAAGAUAUCUUGAUCGCUCAUGAUACUAAAAGCAGUGCUGGUAAUGGAAUGCAAGCUCAGGCACCAGUGCGUAUUUCAAAUAAUCGAAGUGACAACAAAGUUCGAGAACUUGAACGUAAGGUUGAGUUGCUUGAAACUGAGCUGCAAGAAGCCGCUGCUUCUGAGAUAGGCCUUUAUUCUGUGGCUGCCGAACAUGGCAGCUCGGCAAACAAGGUCCAUACACCUGCACGAAGGCUCUCUAGGCAUUUUGUUCAUGCAUUUAAAAACUGUCCGAGAGAAAAGAUGGGAAGUGCAGCAAGGAGUUCUUCCUCUGGGCUGGUUUUUGUUGCAAAAGCUUGUGGAUACGAUGUCGCAAGGCUGAGUUUCUGGUUGUCAAACUGUGUGGUGCUGCGAGCAAUUGUUACUGAAACUUCUAAGCAAUCAGACAUUGGAAAUGACAUUAAUGCUACUGAUUAUAGUUCAAAAACAGCACCGAGGAGAAAUUCCGCAUCAAUGUGGGAAUCGCUUAAUCGGAAGAAAGGGAACUUCCUUUCACCUGAGUUUGAUAACUGGGAAGAUAUUGAUACGUUUAUAGCUGCACUAAAGAAGAUUGAAUCAUGGAUAUUCUCACGGAUUGUAGAGUGCAUUUGGUGGCAGGCAUUUACACCACACAUGCAAUCUGCUUAUAUCAGUACUGAAUCAAAGACUGGUUUGAAUGCAAAGAAAUGUUACGGAAAGAUUACUGUUGUGGGCAAUCAGCAACAAGCAACCUUGUCAAUAGACAUAUGGAAGAAGGCUUUCAAACAGGCAUCAGAGAAGAUUUGCCCUGUAAGGGCAGCUGGACACGAGUGUGGGUGCCUGCCUAUGUUGGCCAAGUUGUUGAUGGAAGAGUGUAUAGCUAGAUUGGAUAUAGCAAUGUUCAAUGCUAUUUUGCGGGAGUCAGAAGAUGAAAUACCGACAGAUCCCAUUUCUGACCCAAUAACUGAUCCUAAGGUUCUUCCCAUCCCAUCUGGGAAGUUUGGCUUCGGUGCUGGGGUCCAACUGAAAAAUGCUAUCGGCAGCUGGUCCAGAUGCCUUACCGACUUGUUUGGUAUGGAUAUGGAUGACUAUCCAGAAGUUGAGAAUUGGGAUGGUGAAAAUGGCAUCGCUGAAACCCACAAACCCUUCUAUCUUCUAAAUGCAUUAAGUGAUCUCCUGAUGAUCCCUAAGGAUGUGCUCAUGGAAACCAGUACCAGGAAAGAGAUUUGUCCCACCUUUAGUUCAUCGAUCGUCAGAAGCAUACUUGUUGGCUUUGUACCAGAUGAAUUUUGCCCAGACCCAAUUCAAGAUUCCUUGCUUCAGGCUCUAGAAUUGGAGGAUCAUCUGGAGAGCAGUGACAAGGGCAUACGGGCGAUACCAUGCAGUGCUUCACCUAUCGUGUACUCUUACCCUGCACCUGGCACAAUCCUAAGCAUCAUUGGUGAUCCUAGGAAGAGCGGAUCGGCAGUCCUCCGCAAGUCUAACACGAGUGAUGACGAGCUCGAUGAGCUGAGCUCACCACUGAGUUUCAUCUCCAAGGCGCCAUCGAAUCCGCUUGGCAAGCUGAAGCAGAUCAGCGGCUCAUACACGGCGAGGUACAGGCUCCUCCAUGAGGUGUGGAAGCUAGACGACCAGUACUGACUUCCUCUUAUGUCUCAGACGUACAUAUGUACAAGUUCCGUUUGAAAAAUAUUUUUAUAUUACGGGACGGAGGGAGUACCUUUUUGCCAUAUUGUAUGUGUGAUGGUACUUCAAAGCUUGUUGUCAAAAUAAUUUUGGUGCAUUCAGAACAGUUUUUUUUUCAGUUAGUAAGCUACCUGUGAACAUCAUCAUGAAUAGAUGAAUCAGGUUUCAACAUGCCUGUUCCGUAUCGUGAUUUAUUAAAAAGUACCCCUUUCACUCCUAAA